CCAUACUUGCACAGCAGCAGCAACAACCGACGCACUUAUCGACAGCACCUGGAAGCGCCGCUGCAUUUAAGUCAAAGUUUCGUAAAUGCAGCUGAGAUGGGCUCCAGGACCACCUGCGACCCCGUAAGGGACAAGAGCUCACAGCAGUUACAGAACAGGAGGACUGGACACAAUUGUGCUCAUCGGUUUGUCCAGGAGAACUUCUUUCCAUGUACUUAACCUUUUUUCAGACAUGGCUGAGGAUGACCUGACUCCAGAGCAGCUAGCAGCCAUAGCCGCCGAAAACGAAGAGCCAGAGCCUGUAAACUACAAGCCACCUGCCCAAAAGACUCUACAAGAGAUCCAAGAGCUGGAUAAGCAUGACGAGAGCCUACGUAAAUACAAGCAAGCCCUCCUCGGCUCUGCAGUCUCUGAAAUUGAUCCAAGUGUUCCCAAUGUCCAGGUGACACAAAUGGUACUGAUGUGUGAAAGUGCACCAAAUCCUUUGGUGCUGGAUUUACAGGGAGACUUGGAAGCCUUUAAGAAGGAGGCCUUUAUUCUAAAGGAGGGGGUUGAAUACAAAAUAAAGAUCAGUUUUAAGGUCAACAAGGAGAUUGUUUCAGGCCUGAAAUACGUGCAACAGACAUACAGGAAAGGAAUGAAGAUUGACAAGUCCGACUACAUGGUGGGCAGCUACGGACCUCGCCCUGCCGCCUACGACUUUCUGACCACGGUGGAGGAGGCCCCAAAGGGCGUGUUGGCGCGAGGCAACUACGUAAUCAAAUCCAAGUUCACCGACGACGACAAGCACGACCACCUGAGCUGGGAGUGGAACCUCAACAUCAAGAAAGACUGGAAAGACUAAAACGAGGCCUUUUUUGAAAAGAGGGCGGCUAAUGAAAGCAUCUGUCCAAACGCCCAAAUACCUGCUGUCCACCAUUUCGGCCUUUGUUUUUUUUUACGGUCAUAUAUUUCACAUUCCUCUUCCAUCAGCGUCAGUAGCAGAACAUUGUUCUCCUCUAAUGUCCGCCAUCUUUAUUCCCACGACGCUGUCUUCCUCCCAAAAUGAAGUACAUGUGGGAAAGCAAGUGUACAAUCAACUUUGGGUGUAGUUGUAUCACUGUUGUGUAACCUCAAUAUUCACUGCUCAAGUUGUCCAGCUGCCUUGUUAUCGCUACUUUCUACGCUUGUCACUUCCUGCUUGGACUGAAGGGCUGACUUUGCAAACAUCUGCAGCCCACUUGAACCCCACUUACAUAAAAAGAACUGCUUACGGUAAUAGGAAGUUGGUGAAUGUUAAUUGGAGAAAAAAAAAAGCCUCUAGGCCUUAUCGCUAAACAGAUUCAUUGUUUGGUCAUUUUGUGUCGGCAUUGUUACGCUUCUGCCUUAAUGUUCAUGUUCCCCUUGCAACACACUUUUGCUAACUUCAUGCUUGUAGGAUAGAAACUUACAUUGUGUAAGAAUCUACUUAGUUCCUGAGUGUGCAAUGUUCGACAAGCUACUGUAUUACUGUCCUUCACUUAACCCCAAGUAACCAUUACAAAGUAAAGUCCACUUCCGUUAUUGUUUGUUCCUUGGCUGCCAUUAAUUCAUGUUAGUCUCUCCCCACACUUGGCAUCUUGACUGUUAAAACAGUUACACAUACAUGAUAUGAACUCAAAAGACACCAAACAAAAGAUUGAGACAAAAUUUGUGUCACUUGUCAUCUACAAACGUAGCAAUGUCGCGAAAGGGGAGGGACUAACCUGAACUAGUGGCGGCUCAGUCAGGAGCCAACCAGAAGAGGCGGGUAAAUAGAAGCAUUCCCAGUAAGUUUUGGAAAGUAAUCGCAAAAAAUUUGCAUAUUUGAGAACUAAUUACACAGUGUAGUACACUUUGACUGCUGCUCAUGUCGCCAUCAGCCGCUGGAACCUCAACAGUCAGACUGCAGUACUAUGGAGUAAAAGUACUGAUGGAAACAAGUGGGCGGUAACACAGCCGAAAUAAACCUGUACUGUACCAGAUCAUGUGGAUGUAGAGCUUUGUUACCUUGUCAAGUUGUAUCCUUGCGCCGUACAUUUCUUCUUGUUGUAUUCCUCCGCCGUACAUUUCAUAUUGUAUAGUUUCUAUAAAGUCACUGGCAUGCUGGUGGGUUGUACACGACCUGACAUCAUUUGUGAUCGUUCUCAUUAGUCAAUAAAAUCUGCACAACUA